AAAUAGGAUGCCAGGAAGAGAAUUCCGGACAAGUGAGAAUCACAAGCAGCAUUAAAAAGGAAAGCAAAUCCAGCCAGCAAUGAAAGUUUUUUCCAACUCCUCCGAAAACUACAAAAUUCUUCUCCUUCAUGAGAAAGGUGAGAGACAAAAGAGAGAAUAAUAGGAAGAGAAGUUUGAGCUGGAAAAAACUGAGUAUGUAGAACUCAAAGGAAACACUCCAGAAAAAAGUCAAGGGGGAUAAUUUGCAAAUACAGAAAAAGGGAAAUAAUCUGGAAAUCAGUGAGGAGGAAGAGAUCACUUGUAUAAUCACAUAGGAUAGAUAGUCAUGCAAGCCUUGCCCUGUGAGGAAAGAAUAGCUUGAAUGAAAGCACCCAUCCAAGAAGGGAUCCAAAAUAUCUUUGACCUUGAGAAUCCAAUAAAGUUAUAGGUUGAAAAGCCCCACCGAUGUGCAUAUGAAGAAAAGACCACCCUCUGUCCUCAAUGUGGCACAACCUUUAGGAAACAUGCUACCCUAGUGUUACAAAAGAGGACUGAAAUGGGGGAGAAGUCAUAUGGGUGUUCUGAUUGUGGGAAAGCUUUCAAUCGGAAUUCUCACCUGGUGACACACCAGAGGACACACACAGGAGAGAAACCCUAUGUCUGUCCAGAUUGUGGGAAAGGCUUCAGUCAGAAUUCCCACCUGGUGACACACCAGAGGACACACACAGGGGAGAAACCUUAUGAGUGUCCAGAUUGUGGGAAAAGUUUCAGUCGGAAUUCCCACCUGGUGAUACACCAAAGGACACACAGAGUGGAGAAAGUGUAUGAAUGUCCAGAUUGUGGGAAAGGUUUCAAUCACAGUUCCAGCCUGGUGAUACAUCAAAGGACUCACACAGGAGAGAAACCAUAUGAGUGUUCCAACUGUGGGAAGACUUUCAGUCGUAAAACCAACCUUGUGAAUCAUCUGAGGACUCACACAGGAGAGAAAGUGUAUGAGUGUCCAGACUGUGGGAAAAGUUUCAGUCAUAAUUCCACCCUGAUGAUACACCAGAGGACUCACACAGGGGGGAAAGUUUAUGAAUGUUCAGACUGUGGGAAAGGUUUCAGUCACAAAUCCAACCUGAUGAUACACCAGAGUACUCACACAGGAGAUAAACCAUACGAGUGUCCUGAUUGUGGGAAAAGUUUCAGUCAUAAUUCUGCCCUUGCGAUACACCAGAGAAUUCACACCGGAGAAAAACCAUACGAAUGUCCAGAUUGUGGGAAAGGUUUCAGUAAUAAUUCCAACCUUGUGAAACACCAGAGGACACACAGAGGGGAGAAACCGUAUGAGUGUCCAGAUUGUGGGAAAGGUUUCAGUCAUAAUUCCAACCUGAUGACACACCAGAGGAUUCACACAGGAGAGAAACCGUAUGAAUGUCCCAAUUGCGGGAAAGGUUUCAGUCAGAAUUCGAACCUUGUUAAACACCUGAGGACUCAUACUCGGGAGAACCGGUACAAGUGUCCAUAUUGUGGGAAAUAUUUCUUUCGUAAUUCCAACCUGAAGAUACAUCAGAGGACUCACACAGGAGAGAAACCCUUUGAAUGUCCUGAUUGUGGGAAAACUUUCAGUAAUAAUUCCAACCUUGUGAAACACAAGAAGACUCACACUGGGGAGAAACCCUAUGAGUGUCCAGAUUGUGGGAAAAGUUUCAAUCAGAAUUCCAAUCUGAUAAUACACCAGAGGACUCACACAGGGGAGAAACCGUAUGAGUGCCUGGUCUGUGGAAAAUGUUUCAGUUGGUAUUCUGGCCUGGUGAUACACCAGAGGACUCACACAGGGGAGAAGCCAUAUGAGUGUCCUGAUUGUGGGAAAGAUUUCAGUACUAGGACUAAUCUUAUAAAUCAUGUAGGUUUGCACACAGGUGAGAAACCUUUCAAGUGCCCAGAGUGCGGACGGUGCUUCUCGCAAACCUCCUCUCUUAUUAAACACAAGAGGACCCACAUGGGGGAGAAACCAUAUGGGUGCCUAGAUUGUGGGAAAACUUUCAGUCGGAAUUCUCACCUGGUGUUACACCAGAGGACUCACACAGGAGAGAAACCAUAUGAGUGUCCAGAUUGUGGAAAAAGAUUUAGUCGGAAUUCCAACCUGACGAUACACCAGAGGACUCACACAGGAGAGAAACCAUAUGAGUGUCCAGACUGUGGGAAAAGUUUCAGUCAGAAUUCCAAUCUGGUGAUACACCUGAGGAUGCACACAGGACAGAAACCAUAUGAGUGUCCAGACUGUGGGAAAAGUUUCAGUCAGAAUUCUGACUUGGUCGUACAUCAGAGGACACACACAGGAGAAAGACCAUAUGAGUGUCCAGAUUGCGGAAAAAGUUUCAUUCAGAAUUCCGACCUAGUCAUACAUAAGAGGAUUCACACUGGGGAGAAACCGUAUGAGUGUCCUGAUUGUGGGAAAAGUUUUAGUCGGAAUUAUGCUCUGGUACUACACCAGAGGACUCAUACUGGGGAGAAACCAUAUGAGUGUCCAGGUUGUGGGAAAUGUUUCAGUCGGAAUUCCGACCUUGUGGCACACCAAAGGACUCAUACUGGGGAGAAACCUUAUGAUUGUCUAGAUUGUGGGAAAAGUUUCAGUCGGAAUUCCCACCUUGUGCUACACCAGAGGAGUCACACAGGAGAGAAACCAUAUGAGUGUCUGGAUUGUGGAAAAAGUUUCAGUCGGAAUUCUGGCCUGGUGAUACACCAGAGAACUCACACUGGAGAGAAACCUUAUGAGUGUCUGGAUUGUGGGAAAAAUUUCAACCGCAGUUCCUACCUGGCGAUACACCAGAGGACUCACACAGGAGAGAAAUCAUAUGAGUGUUUGGAAUGCAGGAAAACUUUCAAUCGGAAUUCUGAGCUGAUGAUACACCAGAGGACUCAUACAGGAGAGAAACCAUAUGAGUGUCCUGAUUGUGGGAAAGGCUUCAGUCAGAAUUCCCAUCUGGUAGUACACCAUAGGACUCACACAGGAGAAAAACCGUAUGAGUGUCCAGAAUGUGGGAAGGGUUUCAGUACUAGAUCUAAACUUAUAAAUCAUUUAGGUUUACAUACAGGGGAGAAACCAUUCAGAUGUCCAGAGUGUGGACGGUGCUUCACACAUUAUUCCUCUCUUACUGCACACAAGAAAGUCCACAUGAGGCAGACAGUAAUAAGUGUAGAAAAGGCUUGAAUUUCUGAUUUCCCAUUAGGAAUGCAGUUUAGAAAUUAAUUUAAUUUGUGGCCUUAUUCUCUUUAGUGAAUCGUGUCUUAAUAUUGGACAUGGAGGAGAGAAAAAUGGAAAAUAUUACUUUGGUAAAGGCUAACUACCUAUAUGAUUAUCAGCAGAGGUUAGUGGAUGAUCAAUUUUGCAGAAAAGUGCAAUUGCACAAAAGCGACUUUUUUUAAAACAUUAUUUUUGCAUAUUGAUCAUUAUAAAUCAUAGAAAUGCUCCAUGCAGAAUUUCAGCUUUCUAUCUUGGUGUCCUCCAGAUUUCAGCCCCAGACUUUCUAAGCCAGCAUUUUAACUAUGCAGAUGAAUGAUCUUGCGGUUGCUGAAUUUAAAGGCCACCAAAGAAUUCAAGGUUGGUUCUUUUCAUUAACAGAAUUCAGAGGUCAGUUUAUAAUUCAAUGCCUCCUUUCUGUGGAUAAAAAAGUCAAGGUUUCCCCUGCCAAUUGUGUCUGACUCUAAAGGAUAGUGCUGAUCUCUGAUUCAUGGCCAAAAAGCCAGCAUUAUCUCUGCCAUGGUCUUGUGGUUGGCAUGACUAUAUGCCAAAGGCACACAGAACACUGUUACCUUCCCACUGAAGUAUUAUCUAUUUAUCUACUUGCAUUUACCUGCUUUCGACUGCCAGGUUGCCAGGAGCUGAGGCAAAUAAAGGGAGCUCGCUUCAUCACGCUGUAUUUAGAUCUCAAACAGCCAACCUUUUGGUUGACAAGCCCGUUGUCUUAACUACUCGGCCACCACACUUCCCCUUCUGUGAAACAACAGCAUGUGCUUCUCCAGUGGCUUUAUUGCAGAGAUGUUUGCAUCAGGCUUAUCUUGCCAUUACUGCAUAGAUAUCCAGGGCUCAUGAGACAUUUCUAUGCCUCUCUGCUGCUUUCAGAUAGUAACCUUGGUGCAGUGUGUAAUGCUUCCAGGUUUCUGUGGAGCAGUGCAGGGCGGGACUCAAGGCAGCUCCCGAGGACAGCAGUGACCACUGGAGGCCGGCCAGGCCAUAAUUCCCUCCCUCCUGGAGGGGAGCAACGCCCUUCCCCUUUUGGCAGCCCCCAGCUACACUGGCACGACGGGGGGGGGGGGACUCCCUUGACCUCAGGGAUUCCUGUCUGGAGCUGCUGCUUCUCUUCCAGGGCUCAUCUUCCAGCUGUCCCAGAAAGGGGGCUCCGGCUGGGGCACAUGCUCCAGGCUCUUCUGGCAGAAGAGGGCACCUGGCUAGCUUUGCCUCCGCCACGGAGGCCACUAAUAGCCCCAGCAACAGACCGGUCGUGGCUCCCCUGCCAGGAGGCUUAGUGAUGCAGCUUGGCCUAGAAGCCACCUGUCUUCAGGGGCCCUCAAAGGAGCCACCCCCAGAGAGCAACACAACCAGGCAUACAGUGAAGGUAGGACUACAAAACCCUUUUUCUCCCAAGAGGCGGGAGGCGCUCAGCAUCAUGGACAUGCUUAGCCAUCCACCAUCCACCUUCGGGGGCUCUGUGGCCCAUCCCACCAACUGGAAAGCCGAGUCUCUUUCCUGGAAAUCAAUUUCUGUGAAACAACAGCAUGUGCUUCUCCAGUGGCUUUAUUGCAGAGAUGUUUGCAUCAGGCUUAUCUUGCCAUUACUGCAUAAAUAUCCAGGGCUCACGAGAUAUUUCUAUGCCUCUCUGCUGCUUUCAGAUAAUAACCUUGGUGCAGUGUGUAAUGCUUCCAGGUUUCUGUGAAGCAGUAUUUAAAAUUCGUCAGGUGAUGGAUGACCUGUGGUAUAAAUGAGCCUCUUAAUGAGCAUCCAGCUCCACGAAUGGCAUGUUCCAUAAAGUGAAAUAUUUAAUCUGUCCCAUACUAACCUUUAUGCUCUGUACUCUCAUUCUCCUAGCUUUCCUUUCAUUUCCAUUUAAACUUCUGUUUCUAUGUAUACUUUUCUCUUUUAUAUCUUUUAGCGGUUUAUAAUAAUCAUUCUUAGACUUUGAUUAUUUUCUAUGUUUUUUUUAAACUAAAUGUACCCUUAAUGCUGGUCUUUCACCAUAAUAAAGAUGUUAUGGUUCCGGCUAAUAAAA